CAACAGCGUGGAAGGAUCUCUCUCAUUCUCUUGCUUCACUCUUUCAUUUUCGAGAUCUCUUCGUGUGCUCCUGCAUGCAAUAGUUGGAAGUUCGCAUUUGGUUAGUCGGAGCCAGCCCUAUUUCCCCUCCUGUUUGUCAGAGAGGCAGAGAGUCUGACGUUCUCCCCCCCCGUCUUUCGGAGCCACAUUCCUGGCUUCCCUGUCCCUCACUUACCCACCCCACAAUCACCUCUCCAGCGUCCCGUGGUCGUGCCCACCGUCUCGACCCAGACAAGACACCGCGGAGCUUCUAGCUUUCCCCUCUUCUGAACUACGCUAAUCAAGACAUCGAAAUUUACCUUCAGUAAACGGUUCAAUCAACUUGCUUAAUCACAAUGGCCGUCGAACCCGUUCCCACGUCUUCUCCCGUGGCCACUUCCGAACUGACCAAGAUAGCCACCGAGGCCUGCGAUUUCGCCCUCAAGGAUGUAACAGAAUAUGAUCACUCCCGGGUCGCAGACUGGAACUCGCACAUUAUUAACACUAUCCUCAAAGCCCUGAUCAGCGCCACGGCUCCCUCCACCGCCUCGUCUUCUCCCCCUUACCGCUUCGUCGUGAACAGCACCAUUGUCCAACAGGGCCUGAUCGACAAGUCCGCCGCUGCGGACGGUACCACCGCCAAUGCCGGAAAGCGCGGAAUGCACUCCGCCUCCGGCGCCUUCUGGGACGUCAACCGGGACGGGAUGUGGACAUUCAAAUACCCUGGUGCCGAGGAGAGGGGCCUGGACGUUGUUGUUAGUGUGACGUGGUUUGCACUGGGUUGAAUCGCCAGUCUUGCAAUAUAGGAGUGGAUGAGGAGGACUUGCACGAGUUGAUAUAUUGUGACAUUUUAAAGGUCAUAUUGGUUAUCUACCAGCGAGAGCUAUCGCGCGUUGAUUGGUUAUAUCAAUUGUAGCGGGGUUGGCACUGUGUUCUGGUUUACCUUCUUCUUGGAACUGCGAGGUUAAUUCUCUUUUUUUUUUUUUGGAGCCGUGUGUCUUGUUGUGCUGAGAGAAUGGAGAGUGAUACCAUGGUCUUG